GGACACAACCCAAACUAACACGACCUUUGUAGUUUGGACACCAAUUAAGAAAUACUAUUAUGUAUUAAUCAAUUAAUUAGGUAUAUUUAGAAAAUAAAGUAAAUGGAUCCAGUCAUUUGAAAGACUUAUAUAUUUAGUGAAAUAAAUUUUUUUUCCCCAGAGAGACGUACAACUUUUUUUCAAAAAAAAAAGUGUGAAUGGGUCAUGCUCAUGGUCAAUGCAAUGCUGCCCUACUAGUUACUAAGUCCCACUUAUUUGUUAGAUGAGCAUGAUGAUUAUCAUUCAUGGCUAUUUGGCUGAAAAACCUCAUCCAUGUGUUCUUGUUUUGCCUCUUAACUACAGUUGCAGUUGCAGAAACUAGUUCCCAUGAUGAUGACCAAUGCAAAGAAUCAAGUUGUGAUGGUAUUCAUGGGCCAUUCAUAAGAUUCCCCUUUAGACUCAAAGGCAAACAACCAAAAUGGUGUGGCUACAAUAAUUCCUGGUAUGAACUAUACUGCACCGACACCAACCAAACAGUGUUGGAACUCCCCUUCUCUACAAAAACCAUUGUCAAAACCAUAAACUACACCUCACAAGUCAUAACAGUAUCUUAUCCAGAAUUCUGCCUUCACAAACAGAUUCCUAAUUUCAAUAUAUCCUCAUCUCCUUUUCAGUUCAACGAUGACUUUGGACUCUAUGAAUAUGUUUUAUUCAAUUGUUCAGGGACUUCUCAUAGAAACGCAGACAACAGUCAUAAUGAUAAUAUAUUAACAUCUGGAAACUUUUCUUGUCUAAAUGUUCCGGGAUUUGAAGUUAUAGCAGUGAAUUCGGAAUCAUCAAUAAUCAGGACACCCUUGCUGUCCUGUACCAGAAUCCAAAGCCUUGUAUUGUUGCCUAAUUCUUUGUUUAAAAGCAACGUUGAUGCUGGUCUCAAUUGGUUCCAACCAGAUUGCAGAAACUGUGAACGAAAAGGCGGGCAAUGCACGGCCAAAAGAAACACAUCUCAACACAAAUUUAAAUGUAUAGGCAUCCAUAAAGGUUCUUCAAAAUGGAAAGUGAUUGCUGGUAGAAUCAUAGGCCCAUUUUCUCUGAUAUUUGUUGGAGUCACGGCAUAUUGUAUCGAUGUAGCUUUCAUUGAAAGGAAGCAUUACACAAGAAUCAAAAAGUUUUUGAAAGAUUAUAAAGCUCUUAAACCUUCCAGAUACUCAUAUGGAGAUAUUAAAAGAAUUACAAAUCAGUUUAAGGAAGAACUGGGGCAGGGAGCUUUUGGUUCUGUCUUCAAAGGAAAGCUAUCAAAGGAAGUUCAGGUAGCUGUUAAGGUCCUAAACACUUCAACAGGAAAUGGCCAAGAGUUCAUCAAUGAAAUGGAAGCAAUGUGUCAAAUUCACCACGUCAACGUGGCUCGCUUGGUUGGCUUUUGUGCAGACGGGAACAGACAAGCCUUGGUGUAUGAAUUUCUACCAAAAGGUUCGUUGCAGAAAUUCAUAUCAUCUGCAGACAAUAAGGAUGCCUUUUUAGGUUGGGAAAGGCUACAACACAUUUCUCUCGGUAUAGCUAAGGGAAUUGAGUAUCUUCAUCAAGGUUGCGAUAAACGAAUUCUCCAUUUUGAUAUCAAACCUCAUAAUGUAUUGCUAGACAACAAUUUCACACCCAAAAUUUCUGAUUUUGGUUUGGCCAAACUUUGUUCCAAGGAAAAAAGUAAAGUGUCAAUGAUCACGGCUAGGGGCACUUUGGGCUACAUUGCACCAGAGGUAUUUUCUAGGAACUUCGGCAAUGUAUCCUAUAAGUCAGACAUUUAUAGUUAUGGAAUGAUGCUUCUUGAAAUGGUUGGAGGAAGGAAAGUAACCGAUGUCACGGCCGAAAACAGCAACCAAGUUCACUAUCCACAAUGGAUUUAUAAUCUUCUAGAGAACAAUGAAGAUAUAAAAAUCCAUAUUGAAGGAGAAGAAGACACUAGAAUUGCAAAGAAGCUAUCAAUUGUGGGACUUUGGUGCAUUCAGUGGCAUCCGGCUAAUCGUCCAACCAUGAAGGCUGUGGUUCAAAUGCUGGAAGGAAAUGGUGAGAAGUUAGAGAUGCCACCUAAUCCUUUUGCCUCUCCAUCGACAACCAGAACAGGUGCUAGACAUCUGAACUUGGAGCUAGAUGUCAUCUCAGAAAUAGAGUGAAGUUGCGAUCAACAGUAUUUACCCUGUAUUAUAAAUUACAGCAUCUUUAAAUAAGUUUUAUGUGCACUAGUAGGGAAAGUUUUUGUUGA